AUGCCUCCCAAGAAGGCCGAAGCCGCUGCCCCGAAGGCAAAGGCUGGCGCAACCCACGCCAGUUACCAGGACAUGAUCAUUGACGCCAUUGUCAACCUCAAGGACCGCAAUGGCUCCAGCCGCCAGUCCCUGAAGAAGUACGUCAAGGCCAACAACCAGCUCAAUGUGUCGGACAACAUGUUCGAUUCUCUCUUCAACAAGGCCCUGAAGAACGGCGUCGACAAGGGUGUUUUCGCUCAGCCCAAGGGUCCCUCCGGCGGCACCAAACUGGCCAAGAAGAAGGCCGAACCUAAGAAGCCCGCCGUGAAGAAGGACCCUGCUCCUCCUCCGAAGAAGCCCGUCGCCGCCCCCGCCGCCAAGAAGGCUGCCCCCAAGAAGGCUGCCCCCGCCAAGAGCGAGCCCAAGGCCGCUGCUUCAACCACUGCCAAGAAGCCUGCUGCUCCCAAAAAGGCACCCGCCACCAAGAAGGCUCCUGCCGCCGCUGCCCCUGUCGCCAAGACGAAAUCGGGACGCGUCACCAAGGCCCAGAAGCCUGUAGCAAAGAAGGCGACACCAAAGAGGGCUGCGCCCAAGAAGGCGGCUGCCACUCCUGCUUCCGCCAAGGCAUAG